CCAGGACGCGUUGCGCGGCCCGGGCCGGAAGUCGGCGGGUUCCCGGGUGUGUGUGUCUGAGUCUGUGUCUGAGUCUGUCUGGAAGCGGCGCGCGGCCCGGGACAAGCUCCGGGGCUUCCCAUCUGAGGCGUCACCACUGUCACUACCAUCACCCACGGAGCCGCUACUAGUGGGGUGUAGACCCGGCCCUUCGCCGGGCAGAGAAGAUGUUGCCCCUGUCCAUCAAGGACGAUGAAUACAAACCACCCAAGUUCAAUCUGUUCGGCAAGAUCUCGGGCUGGUUUAGGUCCAUCCUGUCGGACAAGACGUCUCGGAACCUGUUUUUCUUCCUGUGCCUGAACCUCUCUUUCGCUUUUGUCGAACUACUCUACGGCAUCUGGAGCAACUGCUUAGGCUUGAUUUCCGACUCUUUUCACAUGUUUUUCGAUAGCACUGCCAUUUUGGCUGGAUUGGCAGCAUCUGUUAUUUCAAAAUGGAGAGAUAAUGAUGCUUUCUCUUAUGGGUAUGUUAGAGCGGAAGUUCUGGCUGGCUUUGUCAAUGGCCUGUUUUUGAUCUUCACUGCUUUUUUUAUUUUCUCAGAAGGAGUCGAGAGAGCCUUAGCCCCUCCAGAUGUGCAUCAUGAGAGACUGCUUCUUGUUUCAAUUCUUGGGUUUGUGGUAAACCUAGUAGGAAUAUUUGUUUUCAAGCAUGGAGGUCAUGGACAUUCUCAUGGCUCUGGCCACGGACAUAGUCAUUCCCUCUUUAACGGUGCCCUAGAGCAGGCGCAUGGCCACGGAGAUCACUGCCAUGGUCAUGAACUGAAACAUGGUGCUGGCCAUGGCCACGACCACACUCAUGGACACGGACACUUUCAUGCUCAUGAUGGCCCUUCCUUAAAAGAAACAACAGGACCCAGUAGACAGAUUUUACAAGGUGUAUUUUUACACAUUCUAGCAGAUACACUUGGGAGUAUUGGUGUAAUUGCCUCUGCCAUCAUGAUGCAAAAUUUUGGUCUGAUGAUAGCGGAUCCUAUUUGUUCAAUUCUGAUAGCCAUCCUCAUUGUUGUAAGUGUUAUUCCUCUUUUAAGAGAGUCUGUUGGAAUAUUAAUGCAGAGAACUCCUCCCCUUUUGGAAAAUAUUCUGCCUCAGUGCUAUCAGAGGGUGCAGCAGUUGCAAGGAGUGUACAGUUUACAAGAACAGCACUUCUGGACCUUAUGUUCUGAUGUUUAUGUUGGGACCUUGAAAUUAGUAGUAGCACCUGAUGCUGAUGCCAGGUGGAUUUUAAGCCAAACACACAAUAUUUUUACUCAGGCCGGAGUGAGACAGCUUUACGUACAGAUUGACUUUGCGGCCUUGUAACAAAUGAAAAGAAAUGAUGCUUUUUUGGGGGGAAACCUAAUUUUUCUGGUACUGUACAAUCCAAAACAUUGUACCUAGAUUUUUAAAAUAAAGAAAUCAUCAUUACAACGCCCCAGCACCCAGCAGACCAGGUAGAGUCGGCCAUUUGUGCUCUGCCAGGAGUUUACAGCUAAGGGAUCAGAAUUAAGAGGACCUCUCCUAGACUUUUGGUCUUGUCUUUUGCGUGCUUCCCUCCAAACCAUUUUGAUUUCUGAGGUUUCUAGUUUGUUCCAGGGCCUCAUUUUCUGUUUGCUUGUUUGUUUUUUGUUUGUUUUCAUUUCAAAUGCCCUCACUCCCAGCCCUCAUCCUAGUCAGUAGGAAAUUCAGUCUGUGGGCCUCUAAUCACCUGGAAUAUCUUCGCUGAAGCUGCUGGAAACCACUGCUUUCAUUCCCACAAAACCAGUGUUAUUUAAAAGAAAAAAAAAAAAAGAAAUGGAAAUCUGUUUUAUAUGUAAUGUCACACUUGUUGACGUUCUUCAGUAUAAUCCUAUGUUUGUAAAAUUGUUUGUACCUUGCAAACUUAUGAACCAAACCAUAUUGGGUUUUCAAAGUGCCUUUGUAUCAGAAAAUGUAUUUGCCAGCAUAGAAAUGUACCAUCAAAGGUCACGUAUGUUUUUUUUUUAAUGGAUAUUCUGUAAUCUAUACAAAAUAAGACUCUUGUUAGUAGUGUAUACACAUGUCUUUUUGUGUCCUUCCAGGACAGGUUUAGAUAUAUAAAAAUUUGCCUUUUAUUGCUUUAUCUCAUCAAAAAAAUAAAAGGUGUUAUUUUGCUUUUUAAAUCAAACUCAGUUAUUACAUUAAAUUAUUUUGUGGACUGUGUUUUCAAAACUUUGCCAAUGCUUUUUAUAGAGACAGGUGUUUUGACUUAAUUAAAACAUCUGCUAAAUUCCAAAUUUCUACAAAAACUACUGGGUCUAUGAUAAACUUUCCUAUAGCCUUGCUUUUUUUUUUUAUAGAUUCUAUUAAUGAAAGGAAAAGGCAUGUAGAGUGAAGGCAGAAGGGUCAUGACAAUGUUAUUUUGCUUUCUCAUUCUUCAAAUGCCAAGUCAUACAGUUUGUUUUCCUGCGUAAGCGUUACACAAAUACUGUUGCUUUCAGGAGUCCUAAAGCAGCAUUUUAUUGAGUUUGAAGUAUUGAGGUACAGAGUAAAUGUGGUAAUAUAGAACUCUUCCUAACCCAGGUAUCUUGGGAGUUAAUAACUAAGUCGAUUUCUAGGUCCUUGUGUGUUUGAAAAAUAAAAUUGCAACUUGAGAUGACAAAUGCUCAAACAUUCUACUUAAAUAGUCUGUAUUUUAUGAAGAAAUAGUGAUCUGAAUAGACAUUUUCCCAUUUACUUCAUUUUAAAAAUCACAAUGUAUAUUCCCUUUUAACUGAAAGGAAAAAGUUGUUGGGGGGGAAAACCCUCCAGGACGGAAAUGAAUGUUAAGAAUGUAGGUCAAUAAUAAUAAUAAGCACUUUUUCACAUGUGGCAGAAAUCACUUGAUUUUGUCUUAAGUUUCAAAGUAACUUUCCCCCUAUUUCUGAUCUGCAAUUUAUGAAAUAUACUGUAUUAGGAAAACUAUAGACUUCUUUCUUCAUGCUUUUCUAAACCACUGCAGAUUGCCAUGAACUGCGGAUAGUCCUUUUUGCAGAUAAAGUAGUAUUUUCAAAACAUUUUUAUUUACUGCCAGGUAGUUAUAAAGCUAAGAAUUCCUACAGUAGAAAGUGUUUAACUGAAACAAGUGUGAAGAUGUUUUAGGAGGGAGAUGGAAAAGGAAGUGUCCUGAUAAUGGUACUGCUUUGUCAUUUUAAGUGUGAGUAGUCACUUCUAAGUUUGUGUCCACUACCAAGCCUGAUCGAAGCCUGGGAUAUGCUGUAGAUUUUGGCAUGUUGUGGAAAAUGACAGAUCGAGAUGAAAGCAGGGAUUUGGGAUGUGUGCCCUUAAAAUCUGAUUAUGUGAAAUUGUAUUGACAUUUCACAUACAGAGAUAAUGUGAGUGCUGGCCUCUAAAAUUUACCAGUGCAUACUGCAGAUCCAGUUCUGCCUUUCACUGAGCCCUCCAUUCCAAGUGAAGUUUUUCAUCAAAAUAUGCAUCACUUUAUUUAACUACACUCUCAAUAUACAAGUGCAUUAAGUAUGGUUGUUGUUCCUUUGGUAAGGGAUAGAGUAAUACAUAUAGAACAUUUGAGCAAUAUGAGACUCUUAAUUUUUUAGGAGGUUGGCAUUAACAUGUAUGUUUUAAUUAAAUGUUCUCAAUCCUUUGUUUGCAGAAGGGAAAAAAAAAGCAACUUCUAUCUCUUUCUUAGGAAAUACUUUAUCAAUAUUGUUGGCACAGAUGUAUUGCUAAAGUAGAUCAUUUCACUGAGAUACUCUUUGAUUAUUCAUAUAAAAUAAAUUUAGAAUGUCUCCAUUGUUGGGCCAACUCUUAAGGAAAAAAAAAAAACCUCUAAUAUUUUAAAAAACAAAAUAUUUUCUGGAGGACAUGUUUUUAUUGCUCAAGGAAUGUUUACCUUGCUAAGGAGACUUCUCCAAAUAUACAGUUUGUGUUUUUAAAUCCAGGUUGUAUUGAGCAAGAUGAAGGACUUAACCUAUGCAUGGCUCCUUUAUUUUGCUGACUCCCUGUGCACCUCUUGAAGGACAUUAUCUAGUUUAUCUGCAGCUCAGUGUUCCUCACACAUCUCCACACCAUCUUCUAUAGAGGCCUAAGGAAGUGGUAACAGAUGUUACUGGCAUUGUGAUUUCUCAAGUACCUAGAAUGCUCUAGCAUUCUUCAAAGCCUACAUGUAUACACCAGUAGCCCAAAAAUACUGUGACUUGUGUGCACCUUUGUAAAGCAGCCGAAUCAUUGGCUCCAGAAGUGGUUGAUUAGAGUUCUAUAAUGUUUUUACCUAAUAUGGAAUAAUCGAUUUUAUAGAGAUUAAUAAUAUGGUAGCAUCCUCUUAUAUAAUGCUGGGAUUUAAGAACAAAAAUAAUUAACCUAGAAUUUUACAUCCAAGGAGACUGUCCUUAGAGGCAGUCUUGUUCUACCUCUCAUUUUACAGAUGAAAAAAUUGGAGCCCAGAGAUGCUGUCAUUUACUCAAGGUCAGAGAGAUAAUUAGUGGCAAAGCCUAAACCAGAAUCCAGGUUUUCUGACUCCAAGAGUUCGUUCUCCUCUACUGUGUUGUGUCUCCAGUGUAAUGUUUGCCUUUCUGUAAAUGUAAUGAAGAAGCAUUUUUAAAUAAAGGACAUCUCCAUUUUUGGUA